AUGUUUUCCAGAGUAUUUGUUCGUUCUAUGGCAGCUUCUGCCAAGGCUGGUGUUAAGCCUCCAGUGCAAUUGUUCGGUUUGGAUGGUACCUAUGCCACUGCAUUGUUCACUGCUGCCUCAAAGACCACUUCCGUUGAAGCUGCUGCUUCCUCAUUGAAUGCUUUGAAGGAAACUGUUGCCAAGGACACCAAGUUGACCAGCAUUUUGGAAAACCCAGCCUUGUCUGCUGAAGAUAGAAACAUUGUUGUUGACACUUUGUCCAAGAAAAUCAAUUUGGAUCAAUCCGUUCAAAACUUGUUGAAGGUUUUGGCUGAAAACAACAGAUUAUCCUUGUUAGAACAUGUCACUUCCCAAUUCUCCAAGUUGACUGAUGCUUACCAUGGUCUUGUGCAAGCGACUGUUACCACUGCUCAACCUUUGGACUCUAAGUUGUUCAAGAGAGUGGAAAAGGCCUUGGCUGCUUCCUCUUUGGUUGGUAAGGGUAAGUCUUUGAAAUUGGAGAACGUUGUCAAGCCUGAAAUCCAAGGUGGUUUAAUCGUUGAAGUUUCCGACAGAACCGUCGAUUUGUCAAUUGCUUCCAGAAUCAACAAGUUGAACCAAGUUCUAAGAGAAGCUAUUUAA